AUGGGUGUGUUGAAGACACUUCUCACGAUUGGAGUUGUCUUAAUCGAAAUACUUUCAGAUAUCAAAGAAAUUGAAUGCGCUUCCUCUCCGCCAACCAUCGUCUCAGAUAAAGCGGAUAAAGAAGAGUUUAUUGUAGAACCACACACGAUGUUCAAUAUCAGCUGUACCGGAAAGAAAAACGUGGUUUGGGAUGAGCCGGUCCCGAACAACACAUAUGUGCUUCCCGGAUUUUAUACUGCGACAUUGUUCAUCGAUGAUGCAGCAGCUUAUCACACCAGAUACUAUAAGUGCGUGUAUGAGACAAUGGGUGGUGUACGAGGGAGUGAAGAGGAGGACAAUGUAGCCGAAAUCUACAUUUUCGUUCCAGAUCCCGAAGUUCCAUUUGUGCCGGAAAACCCGGAGAACGACAGCGUAGAAAUCAGUGAGGAUGGAACCAUUAUCCCAUGUCGAGUGACCAACCCACUGUCGCAGGUUGUUCUGAAGAGUUUGCCGAGCGAGCAGGAGGUGACUGCACUGUAUGACAACAAAAAAGGUUUCAUCGGCCGCUUUCCACCUGGUCUCUAUGAAUGUGUGACGACCGUCAAUGGCGCCAAAUUUACCAGCAUCACAUACACCCUCAAAGGUCAGAUACAACAAGACUUCAACGUGAAGCUGAGGGCCAGUGCGGAUUCUAUUAAAGUGGGCCAACCCUUCAGUCUCACUUGUAUUGUCCCACCUGGACCUUUGUACCGGCAGGAAUGGCUGCACCCCAGAAAACAGGCUGCAGAUGCGGUUCAGAUGAUGGAGGUUUUCCCCGACAGAGUCCAGUAUGUCCUCAGUGUAUCACAGGCUUCCACUAAUGACAGUGGUUUCUAUGACUGCAGUGUCACCCACCUGCAUAGUAAUCAUACAAAAUCCACCCGUGCUGCAGUCCACGUCCACGAGAGUUCAUUUGUACUGGUGCAUCCCAGUGGAAUUGGGCCAGAAGAGAUAGCUUCUCUCCUGGAGGAGACAGAAUUCACCAUCUAUAUUGAGUCCGACAGCGUCCCCACUGUCACGUGGUUCAAAGACGGCGUCCCGCUCAACAGCAACUAUGUUAGUGCCAGGACCGUGCAUGUACAAGGUUUAAGGUAUGAGAGUGUGCUGGUUUUGAAACACCCGUUAGAGGAGGACAGUGGGACAUACAAAAUUCUGGCUGUUGCUGGCCCCCACACUGCAGAAUUUUCCUUUUCACUGCAGGUCAAAGCUCCCACCCCAAUGCUGGUGCAGUCUUUGUCAGCUCCAGUGCUAUGGCCCCAGAGAGACACUCUACUGGUCACCCUGCACUCCACCUUCAGGCUGACCUGCAGAGGAGUUGAUGAGCUUGCCUGGGACUCUCCCAUCACCCUGGCAAAACAAACCCUGGAACACAAGAGGAGUCUUUUUGUCUCCACCAUCACCAUUGACAAUGCCACAGCUGAACACACAGGAGAAUACUCCUGCUAUUACUACAGUGGCAAUCAGACAGAAGAGAGCAGCAUCUACGUCUAUGUGCCAGAUCCAGAUGUACCCUUUGUUCCCUCUAUGGUCCCUUUUGGUAACCACGUCCUGACGGAUCACGUGGAGAUGGAGGUGCCCUGUCGUGUGUCUGACCCCAGUGCUAACGUCACACUGGUGCACAUGGAGACUCAGCAGGUGGUGCCCAGUCAAUACGACAGUAAGAGGGGCUUUGUCGGCCUCUUCAAUCCCGGCACCUACAUCUGCAAAGCCCUCAUUAACGGACAGGAGUACAUCAGCGAGGAGUACAUUGUCCAUGGCUGGUUAGGUGGUUCUGCGCUCCAUGUGGACCUGAAAGCGGAGAAGACCGCUCUGCUGGUGGGAGAGACGAUCAGGGUAAGCUGCGUAGCCAGAGGCAGUGAGAUGCUGGAGGAUCACUGGAAGUACCCUGGCAAAGUUGCUGGUCGGGGAGUGAAGAUGGUGAAGGAGGAUAAGAGAAACAUGGAGAUUGUCUACACCCUGACUGUGUCGAGGGCCUCAACUAAAGACAGCGGUGUUUACGCCUGCUCCAUCACUGACAUCAUGAGCAACCAGGGUCAGACCAAAGAACUCCAAAUCAAUGUCUAUGAGGAAGAGUUUGUCUCCAUGGUGCCUAUGUUCACCCAGGACGAGUCAGCUGACUUGGAUGACGUCAGGGUUUUCAGAGCUGUUAUCGAGUCUCUUCCCGCUCCCCGGGUCACGUGGUUAAAAGACGGCGUUGUUCUCAGGGAUGUUUCUGCAGAAUUAACGACUAGCCUGCAUCAGAUCAGUGAGACCAGGUACCAGACGGUUCUGACCCUAAUUCGGGCCAAAGCAGAGGACAGUGGAAACUACACAGUCAGAGCAGAGCUGGCAAACCAAACCAUCGCCUACAGCUUCAGCUUACAGGUCAAAGUGCCUGCAGACAUAGUGAACCUGAUGGACAUUCACCAUGGGUCUGCCCUGGGCCAGUCUGUGGUAUGUACUGUGAGGGGACAGCCUAUUCCAGAGGUGGAAUGGUACAUCUGCAAAAACAUUAAAGACUGUGCCAAUGACUCAUCUCAGUGGUCAGUUUUACCAGCCAACUCCACUGAGGUUACCAUGCACUCACACAUUGACCAAGACAACAAUUUGGAGAGUCAGCUUACCUUUGGCCACCUGGAGAACACGCUGGCUGUGCGAUGCCUGGCCAGAAACGAGAAAGCUUUCGUCACCCGUGAGGUCAAACUGGUGGCCAACGGUCCACACUCGGAGCUUACUGUGGCGGCCGCAGUUCUCGUACUACUGGUCAUUGUCAUCAUCUCACUCAUUGUGCUGGUCAUUAUCUGGAAACAGAAGCCACGGUAUGAGAUCCGGUGGCGGGUCAUCGAGUCUGUCAGUCCUGAUGGACAUGAGUACAUCUAUGUGGAUCCCAUGCAGUUGCCAUAUGACUCCCGCUGGGAAUUCCCACGUGAUGGCCUCGUUCUGGGUCGUGUCCUGGGAUCUGGAGCGUUUGGUAAAGUGGUGGAGGGCACUGCCUAUGGACUCAGCCGGUCACAACCGGUUAUGAAGGUGGCUGUAAAGAUGCUUAAACCGACUGCUCGCUCUAGUGAGAAGCAGGCUCUCAUGUCAGAGCUGAAGAUCAUGACUCACUUGGGUCCUCACCUGAACAUCGUCAACCUGCUGGGAGCUUGCACUAAAUCAGGACCUAUCUACAUCAUCACGGAAUACUGUUUCUACGGUGACCUGGUCAACUACUUGCACAAGAACAGGGACAGUUUCCUGAGCCGCCACCCAGAGAAAGCCAAAAAGGAUCUGGACAUCUUUGGCAUCAACCCUGCUGACGAAAGCAGCAGGAGCUAUGUGAUCCUGUCAUUUGAGGGGAAAGGAGACUACAUGGACAUGAAACAGGCUGACAGCACCCAGUAUGUGCCAAUGCUUGAGAGGAGUGACGCCUCAAAAUACUCCCAUGUCCAGAGAUCAGACUAUGACCAUCCACCCUCUCACAAACACUUCAACGAGAGUGAAAUGGAAAACCUGCUAUCUGAUAACUCCAAUGAAGGACUCACUACCACGGAUCUCCUCAGCUUUACCUACCAGGUGGCUCGUGGGAUGCAGUUCUUGGCUUCUAAAAAUUGUGUGCACAGAGACCUUGCAGCCCGUAACGUGUUGCUGUCUCAGGGGAAGAUUGUGAAGAUCUGUGACUUUGGACUGGCCAGAGACAUCAUGCAUGACAACAACUACGUCUCCAAAGGAAGCACUUUCCUACCUGUGAAAUGGAUGGCUCCUGAGAGUAUCUUUGACAACCUCUACACCACUCUGAGUGAUGUCUGGUCCUACGGUAUCUUACUGUGGGAGAUUUUCUCACUGGGAGGGACCCCUUACCCAGGAAUGGUUGUCGACUCCACUUUCUACAAUAAGAUUAAGAGCGGCUACAGGAUGGCCAAACCCGAGCAUGCAUCCAAUGACAUUUAUGAAAUGAUGAUGAAAUGCUGGAACAGUGAGCCAGAGAAGAGGCCGUCUUUCCUCAGUCUGAGCGAGUCAGUGGCAGCACUUCUGCCCAGUGGAUAUAAGAGGAGCUAUGAGCGAGUGAACUGUGAUUUCCUGAAGAGUGACCACCCUGCCGUGACCCGGGUCCAGUGUGUCCAGAACAAUGAGGCGUAUGUGGACGUGGCCUAUAAGAACCAGGGAAAACUGAAGGACCGCGAGAGCGGGUUUGACGAACAGCGUCUCAGCUCUGACAGCGGGUACAUCAUUCCCCUCCCUGACCUCGACCCGCUGUCUGACGAGGAGUACAGCAAGAGAAACCGCCACAGCUCACAGACAUCUGAGGAAAGUGCUAUUGAGACAGGCUCCAGCAGCUCCACGCUAGCCAAACGAGAGGGAGAGACCCUGGAGGACAUCACUUUGCUGGAUGAGAUGUGUCUGGACUCGGGAGACCUGGUGGAAGACAGUUUCCUGUGA